AUGGCGCCCUUUAACGAUGCCUGGAAGAAAGCAGUAGAAGCUGAGAAGGGUCUCUUGCAAUGCUUCGCACAGGAACGUCGCACCUUCGAUGAAUUCGAACAUUACAUUGCCGAAUUCCGGACAUCAUGCCAAAACGCACUACUUUUCGACUUCAAUGCUGCCCGUGAGGCCGGCGUGGAGAGUCGUCUAUGGGAUGCGCAUUUGAAAGUGAACAAUCGGUUCCGCAAGCAGCUCAUUCGCUUUCGCGAAGAGCACGGCAAAAAGAAACCAGUCGAACGACGGAAACUCGAACGUCAUUACCUCGAUUUUAUCAAGUCCAGUCAGCGGUUCUACCGGGGAUACAUCCAGCACCUAUCGUCACGUUUCGGAGGGAUUGUUGAGUUGGAGAGGGUUGCGCGCAAGUUCAAUUUCGAAAACUUAGCCGGCCAACCUCCCAUCAAGCCCUCCAACGACCUGCGCAUACUCAUCCUUCAGUCAUGUCACUCGACCCUUAUUCGACUGGGAGAUCUUUCCCGCUACCGUGAAUCGGAACUUGUCAGCAAAGAUAGGAACUGGGGCCCUGCCAUUGGCUAUUACGAUCUGGCAUCUGUGAUCAACCCUGCAUCGGGUGCAUCCCAAAACCAGCUUGCAAUCAUAGCACUGGCUGAUGGAAACCAUCUUCGCGCCACGUAUCACCUCUACAGAGCGCUUUCAGCUCAGGAACCCCACCCUACUGCCAAGGGCAAUCUAGAGAUUGAACUCCGAAAAAUCAUGAGUGCCUGGGCCAAAAGGGAAUUGAUUCGCCCCGAAGACGCCGGCAUCCCUGGGAGAGCAUUGACUCCCUGGUUCCUCUAUCUCCAUGCCAAAUGUUACAAGGGAACCGACUUCCCAGAGCAUGACGAGUUAGAGAGCGAGGUUCUCAGUCAACUAGCGGUCGAAAUCAGAGAACGAUCUCUUGAAGGCACACUCCAGAAGUUUUGUCUCAUAAACAUUGCGGCUGAGGAUUUCGCCAAGGUCCGCUCCGCUGAGGAGUCUGUAUCUGAUGCUUGCAUCUUCUUCCAGCGAAUCAAUGUGAAAACCUUCUUCACCUUGUUGCAAAUACUUCUGGUUGAGCUGGAACGAACCGCCUCUUUCGAGGAUUCAAGCAAAGAUACCCUACCCAGUCCAGACAAAGUUUCUGUGGUCGCGCGUCGGAUCCUGCCUGCACUUCGUCAUUACAGUUCUUGGCUGCUUACAAACAGUCAGUCUUUGGUUGACCAGAAAGAAGAAAAGGAUUCGUCGCUCUCGAUCCAGAUCAAAGAGUUCUGGAAGAUCUAUGCUGGCACUCUAAGCUUACUCGCUUCCUCCUUUGAUGUGGUCAGCCUUCCCGAGGUUGAUUAUUUACUCGAGGAAGAUGAAGAAAGUCUCGGUUUUGCGCCGUUGGACCAAGAUGCCACCUCUCGCCGAUACGUUGGAGGGGGUGCUCAACCAAAGCCUCGCAUGCAUGAUCUCGGGGUAGAGAGAAGCCACCCUAAUAUGGAAAUGCUCUACCGAAUUCGCGAAUUCGUGAUCGAUGGCCUCGAUCUCGUUGUGAGAAAUAAAAUUCCAGUGGCUCUGGUGGACAGUGAAGACAAGAAAACCUUUAUCUAUCAGGAGGAAGACCUGCCAUCGCAAUUUUUCUCUAGUCCUCAUGACCGAAGCAAUCCUCUUUCUGCUGGAAACAUCGAGCGCGAGGAUAUUCCACAGGCCCCUCAACAUACGAACUCUGUCGCCGAAGCCCAAAGCCUAUUUGGUGGCUCACAGUCUGCAUCGGCAUCCAUGUCCGCAAACAUGCACCAAAUUGUCGAGGGUGUUGAGCGACUUGUCGAUUCGGACACAUAUGAAAACCCCUCUGAUGACCAAUAUGCUUUCUUGAGUCCGGUUGGGGAGAUAUUGACCCCCACGCGUGUCUCGCCGAACUCAAACUCAUAUCCUUUCGGAGAACCGAACUCGCCGCCCCUUGGUAAUCACAUCGCUCCUCCGCCUGGGCUCGGACCUCCCAUUGCAAAUGGAGCCGACCUUCUUCGAUCGUCCUCGUCACAAUCAUACAACCCGAGACCUGCAAUCCCCAGCAUUCCUAGUAUCUGGAAUUUAGGGAGAGACAAUGCUUCUCCACGAACCCCUCCCGGUCUUGGCCCCCAAGCACAAGUUGGUCAGCAAGCUCCGCUGCAACCCAUGACUGCUGGAACCGGCAUGUCCUCUGAACGGUUGCCGGCUCAAGAUCAACUUGCACAUGAGAUGAUGCUUCGACAGCACCUCAUCGCUCAGAGCCAAUUCUCAAAUUCGGUGGACGUAGGCUCGAUGCCCACGCCGUGGACAUCGUCUCCUGCGCAAUCUCGCCCUACCGGGAAUGGCUGGGACAAUGGGCGAUCGACCUUUGGUGCUUUUGAGAUCCCAGGCCAAGUACCCUCCAGUAGCAUGGGACACCCGUCUUGGGCAAACGAAGCUUUCCUCGCCAGUAGCCUUGCCAGCGGAACCCCCUACGGCUCUGGCAUCGGAGGGCGGAAGUCUGUGACUCAACUUGGUGCUAUCGGCCAAACGCCACCCUGUGGCCAAGGGGGCUGA